AUGCAUGUACCCGUGGGAGAUCUAGAGAAGCCCUGUGCCGAGCAUCUGCGGGCUUUAUUAUCAGGUCAUGAAGAAGCUUUACACCUUUCUGUCGACGAAGUUGAUUCGCUUUGCUUCAACCCUAAUGGACCUCAUCCCGAGCUCAAUUUUGAUAUGGAUCGCUUUGUCCAUAGUAUGAAGAUGUUUUCUGAAUCGUUUAAGCAACUUGCUUCAGUUCAGGUGUCCGGAGCAACAGGCAGGUCUGUACCCCCUGUUUCAGAUGCAGAUAAGUGUCCAAAAGCCAAUGAGAGUUUGGGCUUGAAACAGAGUGCUGGGGGUAAAGUUACGAGCGACGACAAUUUAAUGCGUCCCUGCCACCCGACGCCAUACCGUGCGCUAAAGAAGGAGUGCCAGACACGUCAGCGAGAAGACGAUAACAAGUCUGAACUCGCUGCUGUGACUACUAAAUCUACCGUAGCUAAAGUCGGUUUCCCGGGUAUAGACGCUGACCAGGAAGACCAACGCCAUUGGAGGCAAGAUACUGCGGAACUUCAAAGACCACAAGGCGUCUUAAUAGUGUAUAACAUACGUUAG